AUGUCGGCUAUACCCGACAGGUGGAUUCCAUACAAGGCAUGUGGCAACGUUAUUGAAGGAACUAGAUUUAUAUGUUUCAAAGUACCUCUAAAAAAAAGUAUUCAGACUAAGAUCCGGGCCAUAAAAGAAAUAUGGGACAUUCCAGCACUCCUGAAUAAAAUUCCUAAUUUAGGAGCUGUAAUAGACUUGACGAAUACGAGGAGAUACUACAACCCAGCGGAAUUUCAAGCGGCGGGUGUACUAUACAAAAAGAUUUUAAUGCCUGGCCGCGUAAUACCUGCCGAGCACAAAGUGACAGAAUUUAUGGACGCCAUUGACGAAUUCCUUGGAAAAGAUGGCGAAUCCUUGAUUGGCAUCCACUGCACACACGGCCUAAAUCGCACGGGAUACAUGGUGUGUCGCUACAUGCGCGACCGCCUCGGGGUACCCGCCAAGGACGCUAUUAAGAGAUUUGAAAAUGCUCGGGGUUAUCCCAUAGAACGUGACAUCUUUAUAGCUGAUUUGUUAGGGAAAGCCUCUAUUAAAUCUAGUGACACACAAGGCAAAUAUGAAACAGAAGCGCUACGGCAAAGAGACAGAUUUAACAAACACAAUCAAACGUGCAGAUGUAGUAGAACGUGUAGCAAGUAUAAAUAUAGUUCCAACAGAAGAUACAAUAACAGUUAUGAUAGCAGAAGCUCAGGUAACGAUUGUAGAAAUUACAAUUGGAGAGAUAGAGGAAGCCAUCAAUCAAAUUGCAGAAAUAAAAAUUACAGUGACAGAACUGAGCAAAGUAGGGAACGUCCUGAAAAAAGGAGGACAAGUUCUGAAAGCAGCGACUCUUCAUUUGAUUUUAAAUACGACUAUUAA